UCGUCAUGAAAACAGGAUCGCACGAAUUUAAAUCAAAAGGGCUUUCAGCAGGGGAAAUUCGUUAAUAAAUAGACGAUUUUACCGGCGUUUCAGAAUAAAAUUUCCUUCUCUCUAUCUCUUGAUCGUAAUUUAAUAUGGCUUGGGUACCCUUAGAAUCGAAUUCAGAGGUUAUGACGAAGUUCCUCCAUAAGUUGGGCGUUCCAAAGAAAUGGUCGAUCGCAGAUGUAUAUAGUUUCGACUCGGACUUGUUGGCAAUUAUCCCUAGGCCUGUCCUUGCCGUUGUGUUGCUUUAUCCUAUGUCCGCAAAGACUGAAAAGACCAAGGAGGAAAAAGAAGAAGAAGAAGAAGUCAAGGAUAGCAAAAGCGAUGUUCCAGAUUCUAUUUACCAUAUGAAGCAAUGUAUUUCAAAUGCAUGUGGAACAAUUGCGUUACUUCAUAGUGUGGCCAAUAAUUUGGAUACCAUACAGUUGGAGGAUGGAUUUCUCAAGACAUUUUUGGAUCAAACCAAAGGACUUUCAUAUACUGAGCGUGGGGAGCGUUUAGAAAAUGCACAAGAUAUCAUUGAUACUCACAUGGAAUCUGCCCAAGAAGGACAGACUGAGGCGCCAGCUGAAGAUAUGGAGGUGUACCAUCAUUUUGUCGCAUUUAUACAUAAAGAUGGCUCUCUAUACGAGCUAGAUGGUCGAAAAACUGCUCCUAUUAAUCACGGUCAGACUACGCCAGAAACACUUUUGAAUGAUGCCGCUCGCGUAUGUAAGGAAUACAUGGAGCGUGAUCCCACCGAAGUGCGUUUCACGGCGGUCGCCCUCGCUGCCAGCGAAUAAAUGCCAUGCCCAAAUGCAUUCGCUUUUAAGCUAACUUAAGAGACAUCUGAAUAAUUUAUUUUACAAUGUUACAUUAUUUCGCUUCGGCAACGCAUUUAUUUUCAGUUUUACUGAUUGCCAGCUUUCUCGACAAUAUGUAGCACGUCAAUGAAAGAAAUUUAUACAUGCAAUUGUU